UAUAGAAAACAAACAGAACAUAUAUCAUAUUAUCACCUCAUUGCUCUCUCUCUCUCUAUAUAUAUAUAUAUAUUUUAGUUAAGGCCAUCAAAGAAACAAUACAAGCUCCUCUUUCUCCCUUGACUAAAUGAAACAUCAACUUCCCACCUACGGUGAAAUAAUCACCAUCCUUAGCAUUGAUGGAGGUGGGAUUAGAGGAAUCAUACCAGGAACCAUACUUGCUUUUCUUGAGGCUCAACUUCAGAAACUGGAUGGUGAGGAGGCGAGACUUGCUGACUAUUUUGAUAUCAUUGCUGGGACUAGUACCGGCGGCCUUGUGACUGCCAUGAUCACAGCCCCGAACGAGAAGAAUCGUCCUCUUUUUGCUGCAAAAGAUAUAAAGGACUUUUAUCUUGAACACUGUCCUAAAAUUUUCCCCCAAGACACGUCGCCAUUUGCAGCUGCUGCAAGUUUGAUGAAAACUAUGGCAGGGCCGAAAUAUGAUGGUAAAUAUCUGCAUAAGCUCGUAAGAGAAAAGUUGGGAGAUGCAAGAUUGAGCCAGACACUGACCAACGUUGUGAUCCCAACUUUUGACAUCAAGCAACUCCAGCCAAAAAUCUUCUCCACCUAUGAGCUGAAGAUUAACCCUUGGAAAGAUGCUUUGCUCUCGGAUAUAUGCAUUGGGACCUCCGCAGCUCCAACUUACCUACCAGCUCACUAUUUUAAGACCGAAGAUUCUAAUGGUGUAGCGAAAGAAUUCCAUCUCAUUGAUGGUGCUGUCGCUGCAAACGAUCCGGCUUUAGUUGCUGUAAGCGAAAUGACCAAAGAAAUCGUUCGCAGAGCCCCUAAAUACUUUCCAAUAAAACCAACAGACUAUUCUAAGUUCGUGGUUAUAUCUUUGGGCACUGGUUCAGCCAAAUCGGAAGGGAAGUUUGAUUCAGAGAACGCUGCCAAAUGGGGAAUUUUGGGAUGGUUGAGUAGUGAAAACUCUUCUCCAUUGGUCGAUGUUUUCACCCAAGCAAGCAGCGACAUGGCUGAAUAUCACCUUGCCGCUGUUUUCCAAGCCUUUCAAUCUGAAAAUAGUUAUCUCCGUAUCCAGGACGAUACACUAGAGGGUCCACUUGCAUCUGUGGAUAUUUCUACUAAAGAAAACUUGGAGAAUAUUGUGAAAGUUGGGGAAGAUUUAUUGAAAAAACCAGUUUCAAGGGUGAACUUGGAGACUGGUAAAUUUGAGUCCUGUAACCAGGGAACAAAUGAAGAGGCUCUCGUAAGAAUGGCUAAAGUGCUAUCCAAGGAGAAGCGGCUUCGUGACAUGAAAGCACCACGUGGAACAGCUGCCACAAAAUUAAGAAAUGCAUCAAAUUGUUAAACUGCACAUUUAGUUACCAUUUAGUCAAUUGAAUAUAAAUCAGGUGGACUCGCCAGCCUUGAAAAUCCCGACUUUGUCUUUCAAAAUAUUGCUGUUUUCUUUGGAUAUUUGUGUAUCUUUUUUGGCCAAAGCUGUUUUCUUUGAAUAUAAAAGUUGCAAAAUUUGCUUCUUUCUUCUAUAUACACAA